CGGAGUAGCCAGCAGUGGCUUUUCCUUUGGCUCAUAAAACGGAGAGAACUAAGAGGCGCCAAUUAUUGCCAUUCUCGGAUACGAGGAGUACAGUGCAUUAUUUCUCACUAUCACUGAAGGCUUUUAGAGCAGAAAGAUGAGCGUAAAACCACGCCACUGGACGUGGCUGUGUAUCCUGCCUUUAAUCCUGACAGUGCAAAGCGUGAAUUCCGCUGGGACUUUCGCUAGCUCAAUAUGGCGAUCAGGGCGAUUUGAUGGUGAAGUCAUCGCGACCAGCGUAGAGAAGUAUGGGUUAAUAACUUGUCUAAAUACUUGCAAACAAUACGGCAGCUGCAAAGCCUUCAACUACCAGGUGACGACUCGCACUUGUGAGAUCUUAUCUUCGGCUGUGUGUGACAACGACACCAACGUACUAAGCACAGCGGACAAUACCUGGCGUUACUACGAUCUUCUGGACUACGAUGCUCAGGAGUAUGAGAUGAGCUACCGAGACAAACCAUCUUGUACAAAAGCUGGAAAAUGCUCUGAAAAAUGUUCGCGAACAAUCAAUGCAACUUGUUCGCACGACGAGCAGUGCGUUCAAAAGGCCGAGAACUCGUAUUGCUCACUGGCAACCAAUUCUUCAGGAACGGGUAUUUGCACAUGUUCCACUCAAUACUGGGCUUACAAUGAUACACGAUGCAUUCAUCAGAUAAGCUAUAGCGGUUUCGUCUGGUCGUGGCUUAACAAGAAGAUUGUAAACAGCAUGUGCAAUGUGACCUUCACAGUAAAAGCACCAGUAGAUUUCCAAAUCAGACUGAUGAACGGGGAAGACUUCUACAAUGGGGUCCCGAACUACGAAAUUAGAAUUGGAUAUGCAUCAAACACGACGACCAGACUGGCCAGAACUGGAGUUCUAAUAACUGAGGUCUCAACUCCUGGAAUCCUCACCAAUGACUUCCAGAACUUCACUUUAAGUUGGUGUAAUGGUGCUAUAAACGUCGGCAGACAAGGACAGGCCCCUGUUCUUUCAUGGACAGAUUCCGUCCCUAUAACGCCAAUUAGAGGAAUGGGAUUCUACUCAGUAGCAUCUAACAACCACAUAUUCCUCCCACACAAUCUUGUUGAUCCUUACUUCCCUACAAGUGAAUCCAGUGGUGUUCUUCGUGUGAACGGAUACGACUAUCAUAAAGUGAAGCUUCUCGACAGUGGCGCUCCAACAUCGGACGUCAAUUUCAUCUUUGAAUGCAUGGCUCCCAGAGAUUGUAAUGUUCUCUUUGGACAAGUUUCAAACGGCUACAGCUUUUACAAAUUUAUUUUUGGGUCAUUUGUUAAUACACUGACAUCACUCUGGAGUAGCCGUCACAAUAGUUGGAUACUACCACAUAUAAACACUCCAAGCAUUGUCACCAACGCAGAGUACAGGAAAUUUUGGAUAACUAUUAAUGGACGUACAUUCAAGGCUGGCAAAGGUGAUGACCCAAUUCCUCUUAUCAACUGGACAGAAACUGUAGACGUAAAUGUUACUCACGUGAGCAUCUGUACCUUUGAUGGUGACAUUGGCUACUACAAGGUUCUUUCUCACAGGCAGUUCCAUGAAUAUCCCAAUGGUGGUUAUGUGUGACUCAACAUAAAAGACCUCAAAGUAACUGUAAAAGGUGUACUUCAUCAUUACAGGAUACACAUUGAGGAAGAAGCUCCUAAUCUGAUCUUAGAGUUUAGGGUACCUUUUAGUAUAAAAAGUGUCAUCAAUUUUUCAUUAAGCAUUUUGCUUCAGUUGGCACCAGACAACACUAAUUGACUUUUUUUUAAACAGAAUAGAACUUUACUUGUAAUAUGGCACCAGUUUAUGGUAGUGCAAAAACAAAUGUCAUCUUGGAUUUACAAUCAAAAUUGGAUGCAUAUAAAAAAUAUCAAAGGUGAUGAUUGAAACAGUCACCAGAUGACUUGAGAAAUAACAUAAAUUCUAAAGAUAAUUUAUAUUUUUCCUAGAUAUACAAACCCCGAGUCUUUUAUGUAGAAACAUCCCCAGCUCAAGCUAGAAUGGUCUUUGAAAUUGUUAACAAAGUAGUUAAAUAAUGGGAUGCUGAAUGCAAAUGAAAGAAAGGUGGAAGCUGUACAGAUGUUAAUGCAAUAUUUGGGGUAGAAGGGGAAUUAUUAAAAGUGUUUAAGAUGCAACCAGUCAUGUUUUCCUUUGGAAAACAGACUUUGUGGGGGUUGGUUGAGGUGGGACUAUGAUAAUGGGAUCUGGUUUGUAUGUCUAAGAAAAAUAAAAGAUUGUCAAAGUAUUACAUAAAAUUUUUUAAGUACUUCGUAUUUUUUUCAAGUAUAAAACAAUCACCUUCUAUAAAAAAAAAAAAAAGUAUUCCGUGUGAAUUAGAAGAUGGUCAUCAAACUUGGUAACAAGGUUGCUAAUUGGUGGAAGGUGAGUGAGUGAAAAGCAUAAUCCUUGCUCACCUACCACCUCCAAGCACCUUUUCCUUUGGCCUCAGGGACAAUGAGGGUGAUUCAGGUGGCAACUGCAAAAAAAAUGCUGCGGUUUGAAUACCUAAGAAAAAUAUGAAUUAUCUUAAAUAUUCGAUAUUUGUUUCUAUAAAGAUAUACCACAUAGCCUUUUGUAUAAGAGGCUCGCUCCUUAGCUGAGAGGUUGCCUCUGUCAACUGACUGUACAUUGAACAACCAACCUGAAAGUCUUGGUAGUCUUAGAAUAGAACAGAAUAUAGAAUUUAGGCCAAAUGCCAAGUGCUGGGACCUAAGUGGUCAUUCAGCGCUGAAAGCAAAAUUGAUAGUAAGAAGGUUUGAAAGGUGUAACAGGAGGGAACCUUACAGCCGCACUGUAACAAUUGUUAGGAGAGGUCUUAGUUGCAAUAGCAUGCAAGGGAUGCAAUGACUCCUACAACCUGCUACUCUGGCAUACAAAUGACAGUGAUAGGGCCCUGGGCCAAAGUGAGGGAUGAGAGCCUAGCUAAAAUUGCCAAAAGAUUUAGGGAAUUAUGAGAUCUCUCAUAACUGUGUAACAGAAGGUAGCUAUUCCGGCUAAUACAACUGACAGAUUCAGGAAAAGUUUUUUAUCCUGGCCACCCCUAUUGUUAAAGGAACAGCCGAGGGAGGCUUAUUCUAGGACAGAACUUAAGGCUGGAGGGUUAAAGUGUGGCCACCUGUAUCAGUCUUAUCUCAGCUGAUACUUUGGCCUAGGUGCUGUUCUGGGAGGAGGAAGGGAAUGAUGAGAGUCCAGUCACUCAACAUUCAAGCCCCAGACUCACACUAAGCAAAGUACUUGGGCAAGUACUUGUCUGUUCAACCAGAGUUGGGUGCCAAGACAACUUAUUAAGUAGACACCAAAGGUUCCAAAGAGAAGAAAAGAAGGUAUCCAGGAACUUGUGGGUUACGUCCCUUGGGUAGAAUGAGGCGAAGGCUGUAUGUCAUCUCUAAACACCUGUGGUCAAUACCUGGCAAACUGAGAAGUCCUUACAAAAAGCUAAGGACAGUCCCUUGAGCUCUCACAUGAGAAAGGUGGGUGACAGGAUCAUCAUCCUGAGGAAUCAUAAGCUUGUUUGAUAACCUCACAAAACCAAAAAGUGUAAUUCCUGGACAACUACUUCUCAUGCUUGCCUGUACUAAGAAAAGGCACAGACUGUGGGCAAGGAGUAUUUGUCCUUUUCAGAUAUUAUUUAAGGGUUCAGACAUGAAAGCAUCUCGUCUGUAUCACCAUAAAUGAAAUCUUCGAGGAAGGGAAUUGCGAAACUCUUAAAAACACUCCUUGUCAAGUGCUGAUGGGUUCCAAGUUUUUACCACAAACUUUGACAUAAAGGAAAAGGAGAGGGAUCUCCAUCUGGUUUGUUUGUUUGUUUAAAUGAUGUUUUUACGUUGCAUGGAAGAUCAGUAAAUCAUUUGCACAUGCUGAAAGCGGGGAAUGCUUCCACCUGACCAAACACUGAAGCCAUUAUAGCCGAAU